AUGAAAGAAGCAGAGCAACAAUCAAACACAGAAGAAGACGAGAAGAUGCAACAUCUCAGAUUGAAAGCCAAUGAGUUUCUCCUUAGAGAAGAAUGGGAACAAUCAAUUCAAACCUAUUCCCACUUCAUCUCUCUCUGCCAAACCCGCAUUUCAAAUCCCCAAAUACGACCCGACCCCAAGCUCCAAAAAUCCCUCUGUUUAGCCUUCUCCAACAGAGCCGAAGCAAGGUCAAAAACCCGUGAUUUCGAUCGAGCUCUCCAAGAUUGUGAUGAAGCAUUGCAGAUUGAAAACACCCAUUUCAAAACCCUCAUGUGUAAAGGUAAGAUCUUGCUCGGUCUUGAUCGAUACGGUAUGGCUUUAAACUGUUUCAAGAUUGCAGAUCUUGGUCAUCCCAGUAAUGCAGACUCUGAAACCCUAAAUGGGUAUUUGGAAAAAUGCAAAAAGCUGGAGUUUUUAUCAAGAUCUGGAGGUUUUGAUUUCUCUAAUUGGAUUUCGAAUGGGUUUAAGGGGAAGUUUCCUGAGUUAGCAGAGUAUAUUGGUGCUGUAGAAAUCAAGAAAUCUGAGAUUAGUGGCAGAGGUUUGGUUGCAACAAAGAACAUUGAUGCUGGUUCUUUGUUGUUGGUAACUAAAGCUAUUGCAACCGAAAGAGGCAUAUUGCCCGAAUCGAAGAUGGAAAAUGUGGGUGAAAAUGCUCAAAUGGUGAUGUGGAAGAAUUUUGUUGACAAAGUUGUUGAAUCAACCUCAAAUUGCAAAAGAACACAUUGUUUGCUUUCAAAGUUGUCGGCUGGCGAAAAUGAAGAAGCUCUCGAGGUUCCUGAUAUAAGUACUUUUAGGCCUGAAUUAGAGCAAGAUUAUAGCUUUUCGAAUGAAAAGAUCGAAAUGGGAGUUAUGUUAAGCAUAUUGGAUGUGAAUUCACUUGUUGAAGAAACAUUUUCAAGUAAAUUUUCAGGUAAAAAUGAUGAUCAUCAUGGUGUUGGGAUAUGGGUUUUAGCUUCUUUCAUCAACCAUUCUUGUAAUCCUAAUGUCAAAAGAUUCCACAUUGGUGAUCAUGUCGUUGUUCAUGCUUCUAGGGAUAUAAAAGAAGGUGAAGAGAUCACAAUGGGCUAUUUCGAUGUGUUUUUUCCCUUGAAAAACCGCAAAGAAAUGGCAAAGAAUUGGGGGUUUGAUUGCCAUUGCAAGAGGUGCAAAUUUGAGGAUGUGAUUUCGGUAAAACAAGAAAUGGGGGAGAUUGAAAUGGGGUACGAAAGAGGGGUUGAUGUUGGUUCUAUGGUGUAUAAGUUAGAGGAGAGUAUGAGAAGGUGGAUGGUAAGAGGUAGAAUGAAGGGUUAUUUGAGAGCUUCAUUUUGGAAGGUUUAUUCGGAACUUUUUGUUUCAGAGAAGUUGAUGAUGAAGUGGGGAAGGAAGGUUCCGACAAUGGAGAUAGUGGUGGAGAGCGUGGUUGAGGCCGUUGGCGGUGAUGAGAGGGUUUUAAGGGUGGUUGUUGAAGGGAUGAAGAGGAAUGGUGGUGGUGGUGGUGGUGGUGGUGGUGGUGGUGGAGUGGUGGAGAUGGAGAAGGCAAUGAAGUUAGGAAGGGGAGUUUAUGGGAAGGUAAUGAAGAAGCAAGCCAUGAGAAAUCUACUCUCUUUGACCAAAUUGGGGAUGAUCUAAUGACAAAUUUUAGGGUUUAGAGU